UCUCUCUCUAAAUCUCGCACUGCUCGUCCACUCGUCCCCCCACUGAAUUGAAACCCAAAACUCUCUCUCUCCUCUCUCUCACUCGCUCCCAAACUCACAAACAAACUCACUACAUUAUCAAAAGUUUAAUCACUCACCCAAAUAAACCCCUCAAAUUUACCCGCCAAAAAAGCUUUAGUCUUUCUCCCUCACAAAAAAUUCGCCUUUUCAAAUCCCCAAACCCCCAACGGCUAAGCCUCUCCGGCUCUCUCUGUCCUAGCUAGGGUUUCUCCCUCCUCUUCUGUCUCUCUCUCAGCUCCCCCUUCCUCUACGCGCUGAACGGCGUCGUCUGGGAGCGUCGCUCUGUCAGCCCCUUAGUUAUGGAUCCGCCUCUGAACGCCGAACUCACUCAGCCGCUUCCGCCGGCGGUCUCAAUUGGGGAAAAGAGGCCGAUUGGGAACGGAGAAGGAGAUUUGGGGACCCAAUUGCACAAGAAGCCCAGAUUGGGACCCAAUUCGGGGAAGGAUCUGAGGAGGGUGGCGGAGAUUGUGCUGGCCUUGUCGACUAUGGCCAAGAUUCGAGGGGGCAAGAAGCCCACGGAGCCGGAGAUUGGGCUUAUGGGGGAAGCUAGGUCGAAGCUGGUGGAGCUGUGUGAAGGGUUGGCCCCUAAGGAUAUUGUGGGUAGGGAUGCAAUUGGGGCUGUGAUUGAGGAUUUGGGGCUCAAUGCUAUGCUUAAGGAACAGAGAUUAGGAUUCCGGGGUCCCAAGUUGACGAUUGCGGAGAAGUUUUUGCAGACGAAGAGGAAAGUAAGGACUCAAUUUUUUGAUUUGAUGGAAGAAUCCAAGAAAUUCUCUGCACUAGCUCAACCUGCUACGCAUCCAGCUCACCAGUUUAAAAAAAGCUUCAAUGCAGCAGCUGAAACCCAUGGAAUGCCGCAUACUGUUCAUAUGAUUCCUACAAGCAAACCAAGUCAUGCACCAAUUUCCUCAGGUGGUUUCCCCGUUACUCCAUCUCUUGUUCAUGUAUCUACAGCAACUCCCGCACCUACACAGUAUCAGUUUCCCAACAAUGAUGUUAGAGCAUCCAUGGUGUCUAGUGGUUUUCCUAGCAGCCAUCUAGGCAGGGAUUCUACUACCCCAACAGGGCUUAGAAUUGAAAGAGCACAGUUCAGAUCAGAUGGAGGACCAAAUGCAAAUGCAUCUUCUUAUGCAUCUCAAGUACAAGCAAAUUUGUCCUCAAAUCAUCCACUUCCAUCAAUGAAUGCUCCAGCUUGGUCAGUGCAAACUCAAUCUGCCAAAAGUGGACCAGAACACAAGGUGCCAAAUCAUAUAUCCGUCAAAGUUGAAGGAAGUACUGGUAUGAGUAUGCCACAAAUGACUCCUGUAGCUGCAUGGAAUCAGAAUACCAAGCCAUUUGUCUCCCAAUUAGCUUCUGGAAAUCUACCCGUUGUACAUCAGCCUUUGCAACAGAUGGACUUUGUUAAAGCUCAUUCACUUUCUAACAAUCACAAUGACAUUGCGAAAAUUAUUCAGAAAUUAUUACAACCACAGCCUCCUGAUCAUCCUACAUGGAUUCCUCCAUCGAGGGAUUACAUGAGUAAGGCUUUGACUUGCCAGAGUUGCCAGCUUACCAUCAAUGAGGUAGACAAUGUUCUUAUUUGCGAUGCGUGUGAGAGAGGAUAUCACUUAAUGUGUGCACAGUCAUCUAAUCAGAGAGGAAUUCCUAGAGGUGAGUGGCACUGCAUGAGAUGCCUGUCAUUGAGCAAUGGAAAACCUUUGCCUCCCAAGUAUGGACGUGUGAUGAGAAGUAAUAUACAAGUAAAAGUCCCUUCUAACAUAGCUGGAGUUCAAACAUCCUCGGAGAAUAAGCUGGGAACUUUAGAUCCAAAGGUCAAUCAGCCGAAGACAACUGCAAAUGGAAGUUCUGUUUUGCAGAAUAUUGCUGGUAUAGGUGGUGGGGCCAGCAAUCACGUUGAGUCAGCACCAGAUCUAAAGAUUUUAAAUGCAAAAGAAUCUCAAGUACAGAAUCUCACAUCAAGUAGGAAAAAUAUGGAUGAGAAACCUCUUUCUGGAAGUUACCUGUCAAGUGAAAGAUCUGAGGAGAGAUGUUCUGAAUCAAAAUCAGAGCCUCCUGCUGAACCAAAAGAAAUUACUAGAUCAUCUAGAGUUGAAGAAAGACAUUCUGAAUCAAUUGCAGAACCUCCUGCUGAAUCAAAAGCAGAGUGCCCUGCUGAAUCAAAAGCAGAGCCUCCUACUGAACCAAAAGAAAUUACUGAAUCAUUUAGAGUUGAAGAGAGACCUACUGAAUCAAAGGCAGAACCUCCUUCUGAAUCAAAAGAGGACCUUCCUGCGGAAUCAAAAGCAGAGCCUCUUGGUGAACCAAAAGAAACUACUGAAUCAUCUAGAGUUGAAGAGAGGCCUUCUGAUUCAAAAGCAGAGCCUCCUGUUGAACCAGAAGAAACUACUGAAUCAUCUAGAGUUGAAGAGAUACGUUUUGAAUCAAAAGCAGAACCUUCUGCUGAUUUUUUCAACAAAGGUGCGGAUAAGUCUGAUCACUCCCGACCCCCUUCCAACACACAAGUUGCAGACUCUGCUGGGCUGCCCAACUGUUCAGAAGUUCCAUCAAUGAUAUUCCAUGACCAGAAUUCUGCAUUGAAAAACCCAGAAACUUCUCACUCGGUAGGAAACUCUGGCUCCUCUUUAAGAUAUGACAUCAAACAGGAUGACCAAAGCGGUGCACAAGCAAGUACUGGUGAAAGUUCUGUAGCUAGUGGUCGGGCUCUAGAGCAUUUCAGAUUUUGUUCAGAUGGCUUGAAAGUUGUUGAAUGGAUUGGCAAUAUAGUUCAAGGUGGUGAUGAAAAAAUAUAUUACCAUACUUGUUGCAUUGAUGGGGUAACAUAUCAACUGCAAGAUCAUGCUCUUUUCCAGUCUAGUCAUGGAAAAUUGAUACCCUUGAAGCUUCAGUCCAUGUGGGAGGAUAGGAAAACUGGGUCAAAGUGGGCUAUUGUCAACAGGUGCUACUUUCCUGGUGACUUACCAGAGAAUGUUGGUCGCCCAUCUACACCUGAAAGCAAUGAGGUCUAUCAAUCUAAUCAUGAUAGCACUGUAAUGGCUGGUUUGAUUCGAGGUCCUUGUGAAGUUCUUUCUCCUGCUAAGUUCAGUGGGGAAACUGAAAGACAGAGCCAGUUAGAACAAGAGGCAAAUAAUGAAUUGCGACCAAUCUUCCUUUGCAAAUGGAUUUAUGAUGAGUUUAAAGGGGUAUUGGAGCCUGUUCCUGAGUAAUCCACUUAUGCAUGUAUUUGGUUAUUCUUCUUGGUUAUGGAAACUCGAUCAUGCUCUCUUUGAUGAGGUAGCCUAGUGCAAACGGGGCAUGCUUAGCUAAUCUGCAAAGGAAGUUUCAACAAUCUUGUACUGUAUGAUAUGUAGCUGUAGCCGUAGGUUGUAUUGUAGUCGCAAUAGCAAUUCAAGCUAUAAUCUUUGAGGCCCAAGCCCCUACGCGGUUCUUCAUUCUUGUUAUUAUGUUAUCGUGUUAGUUAGUAUUACUAAUUAGAAAUGAAUAUUUUCUCCUCUGUUGUCUACUAUCCUUUGGAUAUCAUUGACAAUCUCUCGUUCUCUGGGACUGCUCUAUAAGCAAGGGCAACGUUUUGCACUGCUUUCCCAGAAAGUGCUCUCAAGAAAAUGAACCUGUCGGAUUCCGAGGGGAUUGUCUAUUACUCAA